CUUAUUAUCUUAAUCCUAUAAAGUAUUGACAUUUAUUAUCAUGUCUACGACCAGUAACGACGCAGACAGGCGUAGUGAUGUGGCCAAGAAAAACAAACGCAUCAGAGGGGGACAUAGGGCCUUUGUUACCCGAAUUAUUCAAAGUGUUCAAGAAUUAUUAGCCGAAUUUGAUGGAUCUCCUUCUUCAGUUGAAAGUUUAGAAGGAUACAGAAUUUCUUUAACGGAAAAGAAAGUUGUUUUAGCAUCUUACGAUGAAAAAGUAUUGGAAGAUAUUGAAGACGAAGAUGAAGUGGGUAAUGAUAUUUUUGAAUCAAGUGAAUUUGCGGACACUAUUAAUAGAACUUUAUAUAAAAUCAAAUUUUGUUUACAUAAGAAUGAGAAGGCCAGUGAAAAAUUGAGUACCAGUAUAGCUGAUAAUUCUGAUUUGAGUAGCCCUAGUAAUUCAUUGAAAGAAACUUUUGUCUGUAAGACUAAAUUGCCAAAAUUGUGUUUGCCUAGAUUUUCUGGUGAUUCAAAGUUGUGGCAGCCUUUUUGGGAUAGCUUCCAGGCUGCAGUAGAUAAUAACAGUGCCAUUUCAAAUGUUGAGAAAUUUAAUUAUUUAAAGAGUCUGUUGGACGGACCGGCAUCUUCUUGUGUAGCAGGUUUGUCCUUGAUAGGCGAAAACUAUGAUGCAGCAAUUCAGCUUUUAAAAGAUAGGUUUGCAAAUAAGCAAGUUAUUAUUUCUGGGCAUAUGGACGUUUUACUAAAUUUACAAUCUGUUACGAGUGGUUGUGAAGUUAAACAUAUUCGCAGAUUAUACGACACCAUUGAGGUCCAGAUACGAAGUCUAAAAUCUAUGGGUGUACAGUCUGAAUCGUAUGGUAAUAUUCUUAUUCCUAUUAUCAUGAAUAAACUUCCUGAAGAGUUACGUUUAUUUAUUAGCCGUGGAGUUAAAGAUUGGAGUGUGGACGAGGUCUUAGAUAUUUUAAAAACUGAACUUGAAGCUAGAGAGCGAGUCGAUUUAAUGCAUAGUAAUUCUACCAAGAAAUCCGGGUAUUCUUUGAACAACGUAUACAGUCCUCAAUCCAGAUCGAACCGGGUUAAUCCCUCAACAGCUUCAACUUUAUUUUCGAGUAAAGAUCAAAGACCUGUUCCGUACUGUGUGUUUUGUACUCAGCAACACCCAUCUGUGAAUUGCACUUCUGUUACUGACAUUUCAGCUCGCAAAUCUAUUUUACGUCAUAAAGCAAAGUGUUUUUUGUGUUUGCGCUCUGGACAUGUGUUACGAAAUUGUCCUAAUCGUGACUAUAAAUGCUUUAACUGCGGAGAAAGACACAAUAAAGCCAUUUGUACUUAUAGGCCUGAACAAAAUUUAAGGCGGCCUAGUUAUGUUAAUAAAACUGAAACCGGACAACCGAGUCAAACUGUGACAUCUAACAUGACGUGUACAGAUGAUCAAAAUUCUAUUUUGUUACAAACUGCUGUAGGUUUUGUAUGUGCUAAUCAUAAUGAUAAUUCUAGGGGAUUGUAUAAGAACAUUGUAUUUGAUUUGUGUAGUCAAAGAACAUAUGUUACUGAUGAAACACGUAGAUUGUUAAAUUUAAGAACUGUGGGGCGUGAAAAUUUACUUAUUAAAACUUUUGGGGAGGAAACUCCUAAGUUACGAUUAUGUGAUAUUGUUCAAUUUACUGUUGCAGGUGAUGAUGGUUUACAUUUGUAUGUUACAGCGCAUUGUGUACCUUCUAUAUGCAAUGCCAUAAGCGACCAAUUAACAUGUAAUGCUUUAGUAAAGUACCCUCAUCUACGGGGUUUGAAAUUAGCUAAUCCAUCUGGGCCUUCUGAUUUUGCAGUAGAUAUAUUAAUCGGGGCAGAUUUCUAUUGGAAUUUCUUUUGUGGCGAAACGAGACGGGGGGAGUUCCCUGGCCCGGUUGCAAUGUUGACGAAACUUGGGUGGGUGCUGUCUGGCCCUGUAAUUAAUAAUUCGAGUAGUGACCAAUGUACUAUUAAUUUAAGUCAUACGCAUGUAUUGCACGUUAGUUCUGUAUCUGAUGACAAUUGUGAUGUAUCUUCAAUUAAGUCUGAGUUGAAUAAGUUUUGGGAGCUUGAAUCUUUGGGUAUUCGUAAUGACGAAUUUAGUGUUUUGUCAGAUUUUAAUGAUAAUAUCACAUUUGAGGGUAAAAGGUAUGAAGUGAAGUUACCAUUUAAAGAAAAUCAUCUUAAAAUAUCUGAUAAUUAUUCUACGUGUGUUAAACGCUUAUCAUCUCUUUUGUAUCGACUUAAUAGUAAGCCGGAUGUUCUUAAAGAAUAUGAUAGAAUAAUUAAUGAACAAUUAUCUGAAGGUAAAUCUUAUGGAGUUCCGUUAGCGCCUCCUUUACCAGAAUUUCGACUUUCUGACGAUUUCGCUUUUACAAAUAUUGGAGUGGACUAUGCUGGACCAUUAUACGUUAAAGACAUUUAUUCUAAGAGUGGAGAGAUGAACAAGGUGUUCAUAGUGUUGUAUACUUGUGCGAGUAGUCGCGCGGUUCAUUUAAAUUUAGCAACGGACGCUAGUUCUUCCUCUUUUAUUAGGAGUUUUCGACGUUUUAUUGGAAGGCGUGGAGUACCAACUUUAGUGAAUUCAGACAAUGGAUUGGUUUUCAAGAGUGCUGAACUUCGAGCCUUUACAAAUAGUAGGAACAUUAAAUGGUGUUAUAAUAUUGAACGAUCCCCAUGGUGGGGCGGAUUUUUUGAGCGUAUGGUGCGUUCAACUAAACGAUGCCUGAAAAAAGCUUUAGGUAAUGCUCAUUUGUCGUAUGAGGAGCUACUGACUUUAUUAGUGGACAUUGAAGGCGUUUUAAACUCGCGUCCUCUUACAUAUCUUAGCGAUGAUUGUAUAGAACCCCUAACCCCUUCGCAUUUAGUAUUGGGGAGAAGGAUAUUGUCUGAACCGCUGUUUACUCCAAAUCCUAAAGUAGUUGGUAAUACCUCUUCAGAAUUCUGCAAGCGCAAGAAAUACUUGCAGACUGUUAUAAAUCAUUAUUGGUCAAGAUGGCGGAAUGACUAUGUUACUCAAUUACGCGAGCAUCAUCGUUCCAGAGUUAAAACAGGUCCUAUCAUACGUGAGGGUGAUAUUGUGCUAGUAUUUGAUGAUAAAGUAUCGCGCUUAAAUUGGGAAAUGGGUAGAGUUGAUAGAAUUUUACCAGGUCGUGAUAAUAACGUGCGAUCCGCUGUUGUAAGAGUUCAGAACAAACAGGGCAAAAUAAUAUUUAUGAAUCGACCUAUACAGAAAUUGUAUCCAAUAGAGUUGGUUAGAGAUUAGUAGAGAAUGUAUCUUAUUAUUGAUAAGUAUUGGAGUACACAGUUAGAAAUCAGUGUUAUAUAUGUAUUUACGAGUUUAGAAUCUUAGUACAUGUAACGAGUUUAGAAUCUUAAUAUUUUGAGUAUAGAAUCUUAAUAUUUUGAGUAUAGAAUCUUAGUAUUUGAGUAUAGAAUCUUAUAGAGUAAUGCAUCUUAAAGAAUAGUAUCCAAGAUAUAGAGUUUUGUUAUUAAGAGUUCAAAUCUCAAGAAUUAUGUUAAAUUUUAGUGUAUUUUAUUGACCUCGCGUCAA